AGGAGGAGUAUUGCCUACUGCAGAACAUAGGAGACGUUUUACUUUACCACAUCUCGACUCGUGAGCUGACCGUUUUACAGAUAUCAUGUUCGUUUGAGGGAGAAAACGGAUUCCACACUGCUUUUACGGCCCUACAGUACCUGAGGCAGUGGAAAUCUGGGGAGACGAGCAUCCACAGGAGAUGAAAAGGUGACAUUCUAAACGUUCAGAGAAAGUAAUAGAACCGGACUUGGCACUGAGCCUUGGGGGACACCCAUCCUUUUUGUUGGUACUGAACUAGUUGCUGCAACGCCCUCACCAUUGCCCCCCAAGCGGCGUUCUUGUUCUCCACUACAUUCUCCGCUGCCUGCAGGGCAUCCAGAGAGAACCAGGGCCUCCGGACUCGUUCCGAGCUCAGCAGCAGCACAGCAGGGAUGAGCGAGUUCUGGCACAAGAUUGGCUGCUGCGUGGUGGCCAAACCUCCACCGAGAAAGAGGCGGAGGAAAAUCGACCGCAGCAUGAUCGGCGAGCCCACAAACUUUGUCCACCUGACACACAUUGGCUCUGGGGAGAUGGCAGCGGGCCGGGCCCCGUCAGGGCCGGUUCAGGAACAGAUGAGGUCAAAGGGACCCAGUGCCAACGGCCGCAAGAGCAUGUUAUAGCUGCUGCCUACCAAAACUAACCACCUUCACUUCUCUCUGUAGGCAUGGAGGACCAUUUCCAUCACCCUCUAUGCGCCCCCUCUCAUCCCAUCCCAAAUCAAAAGCAGCCACUGCAGCGCAACCUGUUUCCAAUGAAGCACUUGGCAAACCUGAGAGCGUUCCCUAAUAGAGAGCAGAGAGGCUCUUCGUGACGUCUGCAGGAUCCAUUUAGCCAAACAGGACCAUGCCCUUUCUGUGGUUACCACAAUAAUCACCCUGCUCAGAGGAGGAUAGACAGACAUGUUUUUUAUGCUUUUUUAAAAGAAAAGUAUUUGUCUUUGAUGGACUUUGGACUUCCACUGUAUUUCAGCCAACAACGUUUCUGUGUCCAUGCCAGCAAGCGUGUGUGAGAGUGCCGGUGAGAGUGCUUAGCAAAAUGUGUUGACUAACAUGGCUGAUUCCAUUUCAGGAAGUGAAGAUGAUGUUCUCAACGGAUCACCUGAAUGUUGCAAACUAUUGACCUACUGCCAAACAAUUAGUAUACAAAAUAUUUUGCGUAUCUGUCUACUGAAUGAGGAUGCACCUUUAUUUUUCUACAGUGCAUUGUUAAAGAUGUGUGUGUGUGCAAAAUGCUAUGUGAUUUUAUUGCUGUUUAGAUGCCAGUACUGAGUAGUGUUAUUCUGAUUGUGCCAUUUGCCAUAGAACCCCAUUUGGACUGCUAUCCAGUUGCAAGCAUACAGGUAACUGCCAAAAUAAAGGAAACCCCAACAUAAAGCGUCUUAAUAGGGCGUUGGGCCACCACGAGCCAG